CUAAAUAUUUAAUAAAAAAAAUCCAAAUUUAAUUUACGCAUUAAAUUUAGUAAUUUUAAUUAAUUCGAAUUGAAGUGAAAUUAAAUUGUUUUUAAAAAAGUUAAUAAAGUUAGAAGGAAAAUUAAAAAAAAAAGUGCAAGGUCAAAAAAAACGCGAAACGUUGCGCAAUUCGUUGGAAGUUAUUUAUUUUUUUUAAAAAAUAUAUUAAUGGAUAUUUGAAUGAUUGUGACAAAAUGGAAUAUUUUAAAUAUGGAAUAUCACUUGUUAUAAUAACAAUUUUCUGUAUAACUGGAAUUACAUUAGCAUUCAUUUGGAAUAAUGAAGAGAAACCAAAAAAGCCACAUAUUAUUUUUAUAAUGGCUGAUGAUCUUGGUUGGAAUGAUUUGAGUUUUCAUGGAGCUAAUCAAAUACCAACGCCAAAUAUUGAUGCACUUGCAUAUAAUGGAGUAAUUUUAAAUAGAUAUUAUACACUUCCAACUUGUACACCAUCGAGAACAGCUUUUCUCUCUGGUCGUUAUCCUAUAAAAACAGGAAUGCAAGGAUAUCCCCUAAAAGCGGCGGAACCACGUGGAAUUCCAUUGAAUGUGACUCUAUUGCCGAAAUAUUUGAAAAAUUUAGGAUAUGUCACGCGGCUCAUUGGAAAAUGGCACACGGGAUAUUAUACAAAAUUGCACACGCCUGCAAAUCGAGGAUUUGAUUCAUUUUAUGGUUAUUAUAAUGGAAUGAUAGAAUAUUAUAAUUAUACCUAUACUCAGGAUAAAAAAUACGUUGGAUACGAUUUACAUGAUGAUUUGCCAAAUAAAUUGAAAAUUGCCGCCAAUAAACAAGGAUAUUUCACUGAUUUAUUGUCAAAAAAAGCUGAGGAAAUAAUAAAUAAUCAUAAUUCUGAAAUUCCUUUAUUUUUGGAAAUUUCACAUCUUGCACCACAUUGUAGUAAUGCUGUGGAUCCAUUAGAAGUUCGUGAUUUAAAUCAACUUAAUUUGACAUUUGAUUAUAUUCAAAAUUUUAAUAGAAGAAAAUAUGCUGGAAUGAUGGAAGCUUUAGACGAUUCAGUGGGUCGUACAGUUGCAGCUUUAGAAAAAGCGAAAAUGUUGGAAAAUUCAAUAAUUAUUUUUGUCUCCGACAAUGGAGCACAAACUGAAGGAUUUUUAGAAAAUUAUGGAUCAAAUUAUCCAUUAAGAGGACUCAAGUUCACAGUUUACGAAGGUGGAAUUAGAGUACCAGCAUGCAUAUAUUCACCAUUGAUAAAAAUGCAAUCGAGAGUAUCAAAUAUUUUAAUGCACGUAACCGAUUGGCUUCCAACAUUUUAUUCAGCAGCCGGUGGCAAUGUUAGAGAUUUGGGAAAUAUUGAUGGUGUCGAUCAAUGGUUAAAUAUUCAAAAAAAUUAUGAAAGUUCGAGAAAAUUUUUACUUGUCAAUAUUGAUGAAAAGGAAAAUACUGAAAGUGCAAUUUUUCAAAAAUUCAAAAUUGUCAAAGGCGCUUCUAAUCAGUAUAGUAAAUAUUAUGGUGAUACUGGAAAUAAUGAAUCAUAUCCAGAAUAUAAUAUCACAAGAGUUCUCAAUUCAGAGACAAAUUUAGCAAUUAAUAAUAUUCAAGAUGUACAAAUUACGCCGAAAAUAGUGAGAAAUUUACGAAAUUUAAGUAGAAUUCAAUGUGAGGAAUUUUCUCAUUUUCCAAAUUGUUCAAAUUUAUGUUUAUUUAAUAUUUAUAAUGAUCCAUGUGAAACUGUCGACAUAUCAACAACAAAUCCAUUGAUUGUCAACUACAUGGAAAAAAGACUCAAUGAUUAUAGAAAAAUUCUAAUGAAUCAAACAAAUGCUCCUGUUGAUCCUGAAGGAUUACCAUCAGAAUAUUUCAAUUACACCUGGAUGCCAUGGAAAUUGGAGGAAUUUGCAAAAAACGUCAAAGCUCUGGGUCGUUCCUGGGAUGAAAAUGCAUGGACAAAAGAAGCUUGUAUUGAGGCUAAAAAUUUGGGCCUUUUGGAGCGAAAACAGGCGAAACUUUGUAGAACAACAUUGGAUGUGAUGCCAAGUUUUGUACAGGCGGCAAAAGAUACAUCGGCAACUUGUCAGCAGGCAUUUCGUAAUCGUCGAUGGAAUUGCAGUAGCAUUGAUGCGGCACCCGAUUAUUCACCUGAAUUAAUAACAGGAACGAGAGAACAGGCCUUUGUCUAUGCAAUGUCAGCGGCAGCUGCUGUUUGGCGUUUGGCAAGGGGUUGCGCCCUUGGAAGUUUAACUGUAUGUUCCUGUGCAACGCCACCAAGAAGAGAACCAUCAUCAUCAUCAUCAGCUUUAAUAUCAUCAUCAUAUUCGCCGGCUUCAUUUUCAUUCGCAAUUUCAGCGAGAAAUUCCUUUAAAUGGGGUGGAUGCGGAGAUGAUGUUCGAUCAGCAUCCCGAAUGGCAAAAAGAUUUCUUCAAGGACAAUCGAAUUCUAAAUUUUUACAAGCAAUUAAUAUACACAAUAAUCGUGCCGGCCGACGAGCUGUGGAUCAGAGUUUAAUUUUAGAAUGCAAAUGUCAUGGUGUUUCGGGUUCAUGUAGUAUUCGUACAUGUUGGCGAGGAUUGGGAUCAACGGGACCAUCAGUUGCAGGAGCGCGAUUACUUCGUAGAUAUGCGACUGCCGCGGAAGUUCGACCAAGAUCAGGUGGUAGAUUACCGCCUCUUUAUCAUCAUGAUAAUUUGUUAUUCACCACAAAAAGUUCAGAUUAUUGUUUACCUGAUAGAAAGAGAGGAAGUCUUGGCACAUCAGGCAGACAAUGUAAUGGAAGUAGUGCCGGAUACGAUGGAUGUGAAUACCUUUGCUGUGGUAGAGGCCACAUGAAAAAAUCUCGAGAUACUGUUGAAAGAUGUCAAUGCAAAUACGUAAGCUGUUGCUAUGUCAAAUGCAAAUCCUGUCGGAGAAUCACAACCACUUAUGAGUGCAUCUGAAAUAGAAAAAACAAAACAGAAAUACAUUCUUAAAACAAAAAAAAAAUAAAUAAAAUUACCUACAAAAAAAACAAAAAAAUAUAUCAAUAAAAAUUAAUUUAUUCAUACGCAUAAUUAUUAAUACGUGUCUGUGUAUAUUAUUAAUCAAUAUUAUUAUUAAUAAUUUCAAAUAUUCAUAUAAUGGUAAAAUUUAAAAAAAAAUUAAAUAUUUAAAAAUAGGUUAAUAUAUGAAAAAUAUUAAAAAAUUUUAAUUAAUAUAAAUAAUUAAAAUAUGGAUUUUAGAAAAAAAAAGAGAAAAAAAAAUCGAACAAUCUUUGCUUGAUAUUAUCAAAAAUUUUCUGAGGCGAAAAAUUUUUGCUUACUCAACUGUUGAACUGGAAAUCCUCUUGAACUCGAUUUCAAACUAAAAAUAAUUUGAAAAAAAAUUCGAAUUCUUUUUUUUUGAUUUUACACACUAAAAAAAAUGUAUUCAUUAACUCAUGAAAAUUUGUUUUAAAAAAAUAAUUAUAUCUAGAAAUAUUCUUUAAAUUGAAAAUUCUAAUUAUUUUUAUUUUAUCUUACGCUCUAAAAUUAAAUAGAAAAAAAAGUAUCAAAUAUAAUAGAAAAA